AUGGAGCCUGUGGUUGAUCUGACAGUAGAGGAGAACUGUGUUGAUUUGGCAGAGGAAAAGCCACCAAAAUGUCUUUUGAUACCAGAGAAUGAAAUUGAUAAGGCAGCUCCUGAUGUACUGCCUGUGACCAUUGAGCAUCAAGAAAGGAAACCACCUGAGUUAGUUCCACCGAAACAAACUAUAAAAACCUUACUGGAAAAGUUACAUCAUAAAUAUGCCAUGAAGCCAUGGACCGAAACCUUCAGACUUGUCCGGUACUGCUUGGACAAGCCUGUUGGCAAUUAUUUAAAGGACACCCUAGAUCACCCAUUACUGAAGUGUCAGGGUAUGCUCCAAGAUGCUGUAAAAGCAAAGUCCCUGUCUGCAAUACUGACACGUAUAGAGUCCAUAUCGAAGCAAAAGGGGUUGGAGUCCCACCUUGCCCCCAAUGGACGCAUUUGCUACAUUACUUCCGAAAUGUUUUACAUAGAAAUUCAAGUAAAGAAGAGUGGAAAAGUAGAAUUUGUAAAACUGGCGCACCAUGGGGAGGCACCUAAGAACUGCAGGGAAAUGCUCCAGUUUCUCAGAAUAAAGGAUUUUGAGAGUUUCGGGAUGAACCUAGAAGGGCUUUUAAAUUUAUACAACAUUCCAGGAAAUAGUGAAACAAAAGCUAAAGUAUACCUUGCCUUGCAGUGCCUGGAAGCAGACUUGUAUACCAUGCUCAAUAUGGGAAGGCUUAACGCUAAUGAGGACAGAGUGACUGCAAUUCUACAUGGACCAGUUGGUCACAUCACUGCCAGAAAUGGAGGGACCCCAUUGAAUAUAGAAUAUUAUAUUUCUCCAUCUCAAAUCUUGGAAGAAAAGCUUAAGCCAGGAACCUGCGUAGUAGGUGCUGCGACAUCUGUAACUGUCGCGGGUACAAAAAACUAUUACCAUCUUCCAGUCUCUCCCCUAAUAAAUGAGUCUCAGCAAGAAGGUAGAAGCAUUCCUGUAUUUACAGCUCUUACUGAUGACUUGAAUCUAGCCUUGCCCGCUUGCUUCUUCCUAAUGUUCUCGGAGCCUGUACCGUUAAUUUUGUCUUUUAUUCAUAUGAUCCAGAACAUAACAGGGCUUUCAGUUUUUGGAAUAAGGCAGUCUCCCUUACAUGAGCUCCUCAUUCAGAUGACCACCAAACCCAAUGGAGCUCAGGAAGUUUGUAAAGAGCCCAGGUUUAUAAAGGUAUAUUGUGAGCACGUGAAAUCUUGGUGUUUGUGGAGGUCUGUUCCAGAUAGCAUGGAUCAGUGCUACUAUAUAUACUCCAGCAUGGAAGAGUGUGCCUUAAUGGGUGCCUCGGUUAAUAAAAUACCUUUCACUCAUCCAAGUCAUGUACCUCAAAUCCUGGAAUUGCUUCGGCAACAGGCUGCCUACAAUGCUCUUGUAUGUAGCUGUAUAUCCAACAACAGAAAAACCAAAGACAGUGGUGAUUUGCUUCACUUUGAAGUCUUGUUGCAAUUGGACUGUAGAAUCUCUAUUUCAUUCCAGCAUCCUACAGGUUCCAGUCUUUGCUGUGUUUCCAUUGAUGUGAAUUCCAGGCAAUUAAGAAGCAAUAUCUAUACAAGCGCAUUAGAUCCUCCUUUUCCAUGUAGCUCAGAAUUUAUUACUCAAGUUAUGGAACGCUGCAUGUCCAUACCCAUUACUAUGAGAACUAUUUUCAAGAGGGCCGAGAAGGAGAAGACUUCUCAGGAAAUGACAAUUUCUGGUGCAGUUUACAACCAGUCUGCACUGUCAGGAGGUUUAAUGGAGAGCUCCCAGUGUAUGCCUAAUAUAGUACAACAUGGCAGACCACAAGAGAUCCAAUCAAGCUUUGAAAAUAACAACCUAUGUGUCUCAUUACCUAACACAACCCAUAAUGAUAAUAAUUCAAUGCCAGAUUGCAAAGGGGCAAUGGAGUCAAACACGCAAGAAUUUAGUUCUACAAAUGUUCAUGAUGUUCAUGAUACAAACUUUAGCACUGGACAUGUAGAUGCUAUUGUGGCAGAAACAUACUCUACCAUAGCCGAACAUUCAUCUGCUGUCAUUAUUCCUAAACAAGAUUCUGUAACUGUACAGGAUCUUAGUCCUAUCCCCACUGAACACCCAAGUCAUAUGAUGGCAGAAGGCCUCAGUCCUAUCAUGGCGGAAGACCACAGCUUGGUUCUAGAAGACCACAGCCCUAUGAUUACAGAGGAACAAAAUCCCAGUGUUGCUGAAAAGCUUAGUUCCAGCUUCGCAGAAGAACCAAGCUCAAGCUUUACUGGAGAACUCAGCUCGAGCAUCACAGAAGAGCUCAGCUUAAGUGUCACAGGAUUAAUGGCGCCAGGCUCAGUUCCAGAAAAUGAAACCAAUGACUUCUAUGAAAUACAAUAAUGAGAAUUUAAUUUGUUUGUUAAAUAUAUAAAUGUUUCAAAGCAUAACCCACUGUAUUCAUUUUGUUA